UAUAUAUGAACUGGCAGAUGGAAUCUUUAAUUACUUGACUUUUUUUUCUUAUAACUUUAUAAUAAACUUUUUUAGAGCCUGCAUUUAAUUUUAUUUCUUUCUAAUGUGACUAUGAAUUUUUGAAGCUCAUAGAAGAACAAAAAAUGGGAAGACAACCUUGUUGUGAUAAGGUUGGAUUAAAGAGAGGUCCAUGGACCAUUGAAGAAGAUCAAAAACUCAUGAAUUUCAUUCUCCAUAAUGGGAUUCAAUGUUGGAGACUGGUUCCUAAACUUUCAGGGUUGUUAAGGUGUGGAAAGAGUUGCAGAUUAAGAUGGAUGAAUUAUUUGAGACCUGAUUUGAAGAGAGGAGCAUUCACAGAAGCUGAAGAAGAUCAAAUCAUUGAGCUUCAUUCGCGAUUAGGGAACAAGUGGUCUAAAAUUGCUGCACAAUUUCCUGGGAGAACAGAUAAUGAGAUAAAAAAUCAUUGGAAUACAAGAAUCAAGAAGAAAUUAAAGGCACUUGGCAUAGACCCUCUAACUCACAAUCGUAUCGAAAAUACGGAGGAUUUUGAAUCCGCCAAGGAAGCAACAGCAAGCAAUUCAUCAGAAAAUUUACUGAAAAAUGGUAUUUCGAGCAGGGAGCCGGAUGCAGUAUCUGAUAUGACUCUACGUACCGAUAAAUCGGAAUCAUUCUCUUCAUCAAGAAUGGAUGAAACAUUCCCACAAGACGAGCAUUGGAUUGAUAAUAUGGAUUAUUUAUUAUCAUGGGAUGGUUUUACUAGUAAUUUGGAAGAGAUUUUUCCUUUUGACAGUCACCUAUGAUGGUAGAAUUCAUGUGUACAAUAUAUUUUUUUGUUGUUUUUCCGUAUAUUAUUGAAUGCAUACCCAUUGAUUAA